UUUUUUUUUCUUCAUACCUUGAUAAUCAUAAAUGUGAACUCAGUGUAGAGUAGUUAGAACUAGUUUUUUAAGUUUACCCACAUUGAAUUUAACCAUUUUCUGUAUAGAUUUUUUUUCAUGAUUUUUGUGUUCUUAUUUUUUGGUUGAAUUGUUAUGGAAAUUUGUAAAACAUUUACUGGUGUUGGAAGAAAUUCACUCAAAAAGGGAUUUUUUUUUUGUUGUUGUUGUUAUUACCCUCAUCGGAGCUCUCGCCCUUUUUGCUCCAUUGGUGUUCGAACCCAUAAACUCAAGGUUGGGUGAGGGUGCUUACUAUCUGAGCAACCGUGAAUGGAAUUGCUUUUGAGAAUUUUUCUUUUUUAUGGGUUUAGGUUGUUUUUUUCUCCCAAACCUUAAACAUUUAUUUGGAGCACUCCUAGUGGCUUAAUUUGUUGACUACCUGAAUUUUUAUCUUGUUGAUGGGUUCAUUGCGCACCUUGGAAUUUGCUCCCCAUUUUUUUUGAACAAUAAAUAUGUGGAGCUCUCAUUUGAUACCUUUGUGUAUAGUACUUGGGACUAGUUUUUUUUUCCUUCAUUCUAUGGGAAUGCACAUUGAAAUAACCCAUUUUUAUAGCAUAGAUUGUUCUACCUGUUUUUUUCUCUCUCGAGAUUUUUGUGUGUAUAUCUCUUUGGUUGAAUGGCCAGUUAUGAUUUUAUCAAAUUUUUUAAAAAAUUUUACGGGUGUUGGAGGAAUUCCACUCAAAGUUUUUUUAAGAAAAAAAUGUUAUAGGGUUAAUAUUUAUCUUAUCUAAAAUAUUAAUGUUUGCGGGCAUUGGUAAUUCUUCAGCAGACCCCACUGUGUAGUCCCUACACGGGGUAUGUUGUUGUUGUUGGGCAUUGGUAAUUUUGAUUUUGAGAAAUUUCGCCUUUGAAUUAUUUUGUUUUUCAAGCUCUUUUGUGGGUGCAGGGUUAUGUUGUUGUUGUAAGCUCUUUUGCGGUUCCGAAUUCUUGGUAGAAGGAAACACAACUUCUUUUUUUGAGUUUCCAGAUUUCUGACAUAGGUUGCAUAGAUGUUGCAUUCAGACGAAGACAAAUGCAAUGUGGUUCAACUGCCAGAAGGAGUAACACCAUUCAUUUAUAUUACUCAAAAUGAGUUUUUAGGGCGAAAGCAUAAGAAACUGAAAGAGGAUGAUAUUGCUAUCUGUGAAUGCAAAUAUGAUGCAAGUGUUCCUGAAAGUGCCUGUGUAGAAAGAUGCUUGAACGUAAUAACCAACACUGAAUGUACCCCGGGGUACUGUCAGUGUGGUGCAACUUGCAGAAAUCAGAGAUUCCAGAAAUGUGAAUAUGCAAAAACUAAGUUGUUCAGGACUGAAGGGCGUGGUUGGGGUCUUUUAGCUGAUGAGAAUAUAAAGGCUGGACAGUUCAUCAUUGAAUACUGUGGAGAAGUGAUAUCAUCUGAAGAAGCAAAGAAAAGGUCUCAGGCUUAUGAAGCUCAUGGGCUCAAGGAUGCGUACAUAAUUUCUCUGGACGCUAAUCAUUUCAUUGAUGCCACCCGGAAGGGAAGUUUUGCAAGAUUCAUAAAUCAUUCAUGCUGGCCAAAUUGUGAAACAAGGAAAUGGACAGUGUUAGGGGAAACAAGGGUAGGAAUAUUUGCAAAGCAGGAAAUAUCUAUUGGAAUGGAGCUGGCAUACGACUAUAAUUUUGAGUGGUAUGGGGGUGCAACUGUUCAGUGUCUAUGUGGAGCUGCAAACUGUUCUAUAUUUCUGGGUGCCAAGUCUCAAGGAUUCCAGGAGUACAACCAUGUCUGGGAAGAUGGGGAUGUCAGAUAUACAGUGGAGGAAGUUCCACUUUAUGACUCGGAAGAGGAUGACUCUUUGCCAAUGAUCGCUGGAACUGGUGGAGGAAAUGAGCAAACUAAAAUAUUGAACGACAGUGAAGGGUCUACACUCAAGUUGGAACCAAGUAAUACCACAUGUAAGAGUUUUAAUAUUGGAUCUGGUUCAACACCGAAGAAGAAAGCCCAACGCCUUCCCAAGCGGAAGGUAAAAUCUUCCAGCCGUAAGCAAGUGAAUGAUGGAGAUUUUGCUAAAUUGUUCGCAUCGAAGGAAGCACGAGAAGAAGUUACCAUGUACGAGGGGUUAAAAAAUGAAGCCACUUCGAAGCUUAAUUCUGUGUAUGAAGAAAUUCGCCCUACCAUUGAAGAGCAUGGGCGGGACAACCAGGAUAGUGUGCCCACCAGUGUAGCUGAGACGUGGAUCGAAGCACACUGCUCUAAAUACAAAGCAGAUUUUGAUCUCUACUUUUCUGUAAUCAAGAAUGUGAUGCACCCUCGUCCAGCAACCUACACCACUGCCGCAGCUCCUUCUGAAGGAGGAGCCGGACCUCAAACGACCAAUGCUGAACCCAAGCUUUCUCAAGGAGCUAAAUGAAGUAUAUGUCAGAUCAAUGACAUUUAGUCUGGUAUUUGAUACCAUUUAAUCUUCAGAAAUAUUUUGGACAAAUUUUUGUUUUAGGGUAAGUCAAGGACAUGGUUUCUAUGCAUACACUAAAAAAAAAAAAAAAUUAGAACAGUGUAUCACUUGAUCCUUGUGGGAAUUUCAUGUGUAACCAACUAAUCAUUACACCAUUUCUGGGUGUUUGCAUAGCCAGGGAAGUUGUAGUUUUUAUCCAUUAUUAGUGUCCUUGUGGGGAAAAAAAACCUUGUGCAGACUUGAACUAUUCUAUCACUAACAAGUGUUUGGGACGGAGGAAAAUGUUUUUCAUGGAAAUAAGUUAUUUUAAGGUGUUCGGUGAGUAAGCAGAAAAUGUAGAACAGUUUAUGAUUUGCAUA